UUUUACAAUAUAAUAUACAGUAGGGCGUGAACAGCGGAAGAAAAGGAGUGGUGGAUCUUUAUAAAAGCCGCUUUUGGAGCAUACCGAAGAAAGUGCAGAUAAAGAAUGAAAUAAUUUACUUUUCAACUUUUAAAGUCACCAAUUGAGAGUGAGCAUAGCGAACAUCCUACAGCACAGGAGCUGUUGUAGGCUGCUGACAGAUGACAACCUCGCAUGCAGAUCUCUCAUUCAGCAAACAUCAGGGCAUUAUCAUAAAAAUUUGGAAUGUAAACUCUCGCCAUUUGUAGACCAGAAGCCUGAGACAUCCUUCCCAAAAUAACCUCAUGUGCUUCAUGAGAGCACCGUUGGAUUAUCAAAUCGAAUCAAAACACAAACAAAAUAAAGCUUUACCUGGCAGAUGGUGGAUGCUUCCUUCUCCUGCUAGAAAGACAGCAAACCAAAGGAAUAAGAGAUUUUAUGUGCAUUUCUUGCAUAUUUAAUCAAACAAAUCUUUUUGUGCACCUCCUGUGGGCUAAGUAACCCUAAACAUGUUAAUAACGGGACCAGCAAUGGAGGCGGCGGAUAUUGCAGUUGUCGCACUUUAUUUUGUCCUUGUGUUUGUUAUUGGUCUCCUCGCCAUGUGGAAGGCAAACCGUAGCACUGUCAGUGGCUACUUUUUGGCGGGCCGAACUAUGAAUUGGGCGGUGAUUGGCGCCUCGUUGUUUGUGAGCAACAUUGGUAGCGAGCAUUUCAUUGGCCUUGCUGGAUCUGGUGCGGCGAGCGGUUUUGCAGUGGGUGCUUGGGAGUUCAAUGCCCUCCUGCUUCUGCAGCUGCUGGGAUGGGUUUUUAUCCCAGUCUAUAUCCACUGUGGAGUUUAUACCAUGCCAGAGUACCUUUACAAGCGUUAUGGGGGCAAGCGGCUUAAGGUUUACUUUGCAGCCCUUUCGAUUUUACUCUACGUCUUUACUAAAAUCUCUGUGGACUUGUAUGCGGGAGCUCUCUUUAUCCAGGAGUCUCUCGGUUGGAACCUCUACCUGUCAAUCAUCCUGCUGAUUUCAAUGACAGCAUUGCUGACAGUGACAGGUGGACUGGUGGCAGUGAUCUAUACAGACACCCUACAAGCUGUGCUUAUGAUUUGCGGGGCAUUAACCCUUACUAUCAUCAGCCUGGUCAAAGUGGGGGGUUUGGAAGGUGUACGGGAAAAAUACAUGCUGGCGGUCCCGAAUGUCACUGCCAUUUUGGCUAACAACAACUUUAGCUUUACAUACACCAACUCUUGCCGAAUUCAUCCAAAGCCACAUUCGCUCCAGCUCCUACGAGGGCCGCUUGAUGAGGACAUCCCUUGGCCGGGCUUCCUGUUGGGUCAGACACCUGCAUCUAUUUGGUACUGGUGUGCUGACCAGGUCAUUGUACAGAGAGUGUUAGCUGCUAAGAAUAUCGCCCAUGCCAAAGGCUCUACUCUUAUGGCAGGUAUCCUCAAGAUCUUUCCCAUGUUCAUCAUCGUCAUUCCAGGAAUGAUAUCAAGAAUAAUGUUCCCAGAUGAGCUGGCGUGCAUCGGACCAGAGCACUGCAUGGCAGUGUGUGGCAGUCAGGCUGGUUGCUCCAACAUCGCCUACCCCCGGUUGGUCAUGAGCGUAAUGCCGGUGGGUCUGCGAGGGUUAAUGAUGGCUGUCAUGAUAGCUGCCCUUAUGAGUGACUUGGAUUCAAUUUUCAACAGUGCUAGCACCAUCUUCACUUUGGACAUUUAUAAAAUGCUGCGUAUGCGCGCCACAUCCCGUGAGCUGGUGGUGGUUGGCAGGUUGUUUGUGUUGUUCAUGGUGAUUAUCAGCAUUGCUUGGGUGCCGGUCAUUAUUGAGAUGCAAGGUGGCCAGAUGUACCUGUACAUUCAAGAAAUGGCCGGAUACCUCACACCUCCUAUUGCUGCUCUCUUUCUGCUGGGAGUCUUCUGGAAGCGUUGUAAUGAGACUGGAGCAUUUUGGGGUGGCAUGACUGGGUUCACCCUAGGCACCACCAGGCUCAUCCUUGGCUUUAUAUAUCGUGAGCCGAGAUGUGACCAGCCGGAUGAACGCCCAACUUUUAUCACGCACGUUCAUUAUAUGUAUAUCGCUGCCGGGCUAUUUUGGAUCUCUGGCCUGGUGGCUGUGAUUGUCAGUUUGUGCACAUUACCCCCAGAAAAAGAUAAAAUCCAACGUACUACUAUCUGGGGCUUAAGGGAACUUAAAAAACUUACUGUGACCGAACGAAAGGAAAUGUACAAACUCGAUAAGAAUGAGUCAUGCAAUGGCGAUUUUAAGAAAGAUGUGCCCGAGGAUGUCCAGAACGAGAGAUGUCUUGAUGGGGCUGACAUUAAACUUCUUACACCCUCCACCUGUGACCAAGAUCCAAAGACCCCUAGCACGGCAUCAACACCUAUGGAGCUUUACAGCAACGGUCAUGCAGAGCUUCUGAAUCAAAAUAGUGAAAGUAAAUGUGAUGAUGAGAGCUGCCUGCAAGUGUUGGACUGGAUUUGUAGGCAUAAGCAAAAUACAUCUGCUGCUCAACCGAAAAUCAUUGAGGAAGAUGAAGCAACUGUCUGUGAAAUGCUUCAUGAACCCCCAAAGAUCAAAAUUUUACUGAACUGUGGCCUGAUAGUUGUCUGUUCACUGGGUAUCUUCAUGUUUGUGUACUUUUCUUUGUAAUGUGCUGAACCUGCGGUUACAAUGAAGACUGUGUAUGGACAGCACAUGUAUAUAAUCUAUUUGUUAUUACAAGCCAUCUAGGGUCUGUAAUAUUUACAGUGUGCUUUUCCCAUAUAUAACUUCUUUUAGGGAACAUUUUUAAAUCAUACUGAUAGAAGUGAUUUAAUCUUUUUUCAUUGGAAAAUAGUUCAGCUUCUCUUUGUUAUGUUUCGACAACCAAAUACAAACUGUAUAUUUUCUAUAGUUUAUAAAAAGACACACUAAGCCUCAUGUAGGACAUGCUGUUUUUUGUAAAGAGUGCUGAAUUUUGCUCUAAUGUAUUCAGUCCUAUACUAAAACAAGCUCAAUUUUGCUGCCUUAAGUAUUUGUGUUUCUGAGUGUGUGGAAGUUAGUCGUAAGCACUAUUAGGACAUUUUUUUAAAACUUGACCUCACUGAUGAAUUUGCCACCUGUAGGUCUUCAAUGGAUAGGGUUAUAUAACCGACUGGCUAUAUUUCAUUGGCGGCCAUCAUGUGUGUGGUUCCUUUUUUCAAAAUAUGUGUUCUGCGCCCUCGAGAGAUCCUGUGUGCAUCACGUGUCUUGUCAAAAUAAGUGCCUGCUGCAGACGCGUCUAAAGGGUUUAUCAUAAAAGAGACGCUCGCGUUGGUCAGAAACUCGCAUAAUCUCAUGCGUAAUCAAAGCUUACGGUUAAGGGAGUGUCUUGCGUGUAUUUUGUGAACGUGAGCGUCUUUUUAUCAGUUUUGACGGUUUUGACGCGUCUGCAGCAGGCACCUAUUUUGACGAAACACGUGAGCACACAGGAUCUCUCGACGCGCAAAACACAUAUUUUAAAAAAAGGAACCACACACGACACUCCGAACACUUAUUUUGAAUUAGCACCCCUCGGAUGAGCAGUCACGAGCCGCCACUACUAUAUUUUAAGAAUUGAUUAAAGUUUGUGUGAAAUGAAAAUUGUCAAAACAAUGACAUUUCAGUGAGAAAAGGUGGGAAAUUUAUCAUGUCUUUAAGUUUUAUAAAUAAAUAAAAAAACACUGUCGUGUGCAUAUAAAUAUGCUUGUGCCAUCUAAACUUGGUACCAUUAUCUUGUUGUACAUGUUUAAGUACAAGUGAAUAUUUAAGUCUUUUGAUUGUCAGUUGUCAGUAACUAGGUCAAUUGUAAUUGUAACUAUGUAUGUCUUUUGCUGUAUUUUUUUUUUGAUGAUGUGUAAAAAAAACUCCUUGUAGGUGGGGCUACAUUCAUCGGACAUUUGUAAUAAAAAAGUCAAAUGCCUUUCAUGCAAGGGCCUUUAAGUAACUGAUUUGUCCUCAUUUUGGGUAUAUAUAAUAGUUAAGGUACAAAAAAAUUCCUCUAUAAAGAAUGUAUUACUGCAAUACAACUCAACCAGCACACUCUGGUUAUCUGUGUGGUUACCUGUAAUUUUAUGAAAUGACCAUGACAAUCACCACAAAAAAAAAAUGCUGUUGAAAUUUGAAUAUUUUAAGUAGAAAUAUUUUACGAUAUCCCAAAACAGGUUGAAUAAUGGAGGGAUGUCAAAUUUUGAUUGCUGCGCAAACUAGUAUCUUGUUCUUAUAGAAGAAGAAGAAUGCAGUAACAGGCUUUGCUUGUUAUCUGCUGUUGAAUGCACUGUUUGUCCAGACGAAGGGGGAACUUAGUGAAAAUGCGAAAUGUUUUCUAAACAGAAGUAACUUAUUUUUAAGGGCACGUUCAGUUUUUGCAUUAAUGCACUUUGAAACAUUAAUUCAGUUUGUAUAUGUGACCCAAAGGUGCAACAAAACAUCUUGGCAUUGUUUGAAUUUAUCUUUCCCAUGUUAAAGGGCUGUUUCAGAAGAAGGUCUUAUUAUAUAUAUAUUAUAUAUAUUUGUUUGUUUGUUUAACAUUGGCAUACAACAUUUGACUAGCCAUACCAUUGCUUAGGCUUUAAAGUCACCAUGAAAUAGAAAUACAUUUUUUGGUAAUAACUGUUUAAAUCACUUUUUUUUUGAAAAAGCAACAUGGCCCAGCCUACGUUUUUCAUUUAUCAUUUCAGAAGCCGUUUCACUCAUGCUACGAUACAGAAAAGAAGACAAUCGCUAACUUCGUUUCAGACUUUAAUAAAUCAAUUUAAUUGUAGGUUUACAAAAGUUGGGGAAUCUGUCUAAUUGAAUCUGAUUAAUUGUUUCAAACAUGACAAUAAUUCCUUUAAGUUACAAAAUAUAGGUCAUCUUAUUUAUGUUUGUACAAAUUAAUCUUAGAGCAUUUAAUAUAUUUUUUUUCUGGCAAUGCUUUAGUGAAACUAUGGAAAUGAUAGUUGGUUUUGGAUAAACCUCAGAUUUUCAUAUCAGUUCAACAGCCCAAAUUUUGAGUUUUUGAAUGGGUUUUACAGUAAAGUGAUUAGAUGAGGCACUGUCUUUUUUUAAUUGUAUUUGGAAGGCAAUGUGAUAUUGUUUGUGUUUUAUCAAUGUUGAUUUUAACAUUUAUAUUAUUCUAAGUUUUAAUUUCACAUUUUAACAUUGCCUUCAAUUACAACUUUAUAACUGCAAUUUCAGUUCUUUCAUAAAAUAGUUUUCAGUUUUAUUUGUUUUCAAGUACAGUGUUUGUUUUACAUUUGUAAUGAAUGGUGUAUACCAAAUAUUUGUAUUGACUGGUGACUUGUUUGUACAUUUCUUGAUUUCUUGUGUUGCCUAAAUUAUCAAUUAUUUGUGUUACAAGCCGACAAGAUUAAGUUUGAAGUUUUUAGGGUUUAAUGUCAGAUCUUAUCAGAAAUACAAAAAUGAUGUAUAUGUUUGCUACUUUUAUUAUCAAAAGUGUUGCAAAUAAAUAAAUGGAUAUUCAUUUGAGAAAAUUAAACUGUGUGAGUUU